GUUAGGGCCAAUACUGGGAGCUUCAGAUGUGAAAGUGGGCGUGGUAUCCACUCUUCGGGAUGUGCAGGACCAACUGAUGCAAUGGUUGGAAUGGUUCCGACUUAUUGGCUUUGCGCAUAUGUUCUUGUACUUUGACGAUCCUGAACACGACGAGGCGGCAAUUGAAGAAGCCAGGGCAACAUAUUCCUCCGACUUCGUGAGUUUUUGUCUGUAUACGGGCUUAGUCAACGCCGCUUGUUGCCACAAGGCACAGUUGCAUGUAAGCUCAUUGAGCCUUAGGCAUGGCGAGCAGCUGAGAGAAGAGUGGCAACAUCUCAGGAGUUGGCCAAAGUUCUCGAAGUACACAGAUGACCGGAUGUGCAGGCAGCUGCUGAACAUUGCCCAUGCGCUGAAGCGAGCGGCAUGUGAGACUGAAAAUGAGGCGGUGGACUGGGUCAUUCAUUUAGACCACGAUGAGCUUUUCCUCCCGCC